CAUUAGCACCACCAUCAUCUCCAUCAGCUCCGAUCUUCAUCCAUUAGUACCACCGUCCGACGCCGUCCAUCAGUCUCCAUCGGCCCCGCUGUCCACAGCUCUCCAUCUUCCCGUCCAUCGCUGCUCGCCGAUCUACGUCACCGCCGCUGCCGCCCAAGGUCGCCGCCGCGACGCCUCAGGUCUACUAUCUCACCACCGCAUUACACACGCCAAAAAGAGCUAUUUAGAGAGGAGACAAGUUGGAGAUUACUCAAUGUUGCAUUUCGGGCUAAUGGGACUCCGAACAAAUGGUGGCUAGCAUUUGCAAAGAGAAGAUUUAUGAACAUACUUGAUGAUUGAGGUUUAGUCUUUUAAAAGAGAUGUAGAGAAGAUUACAUCUACUCUUGACAAAAUAACUGCUUGUCAAGUUUCAAAAGGCAAGAGAGGUUUCCUUUUAAACAUUUCUAUUUACUACUCUGAUCUAUACACUCGACCAAUGCUUUCUUCCAUAAGAAAUUAAAGAAAGCAGGAUUAGGGUCACAUCCAUCAAAGAUGGUGAAUAUCCAUUUCUGUGUAGAUUUGAUAAACAAAUCACAAGAAGAAGUUUGUCCUAAAGUUUUGGUACAAUGGAGAACCAUAACAGUUUACUUGGGAUUAGAGAGUAUCCUUCUUUUAGAGAGAAACAUGUUGAUGCAGUAUGUUGGUUCCUCUUGGGAUGACUUAAAACAUGUAAGGCAGGCUGUAGGAUUCUUGGUUCUGCAAGAGAAAGCAAAGAUUACAUACGAUGAUCUUACAACUGACUUGUGCCCUGUGGUUGCCAUGUUAUAAGAGGAAACAAGUGGUUUUUUACUAAGUGGAUGCGUGUUGGUGAGUACAAGCUCUAUUUAUGAGAUUUCAGCAACAAGCACUCAGACAGUUUGACAAGGAUAUUUCAGCAGAUGUGUGCUUCUCAUAACAUUUUGAAUGUUUGAUACAUUUUAAUUGUUAACAUUUAGAAUUUGUAGUAAAAUAUUAUUAGAAUUGAAAU